AUGGAGGAGAUAGCAUCAAUGCCCCCGGUAGCAACCAUUCUCACCUGCGAUGAUCGGGACCCCGCAAAGCUGUUGGAAUUCGUCCAAACAAAAAUGGCUUGCGACUACAAGCGGAGCGAACUCAAACGGUUGAUUCAUCUCAGCCUUUUCUUGAACCCUCUUAUACGGAUUUGCAUACGAGAUCUCCGCCAACGCUGCGCAGCUUCGUCCGCAGUGGACGGUUCCCAAAAACCCCAGCCAGAUGCUGGUACACUUGACAUCAAACGGCCCUCGGAUACGUCCCAAUUCGCCUUCCAGAUGCCUCCUUACCUGCACAGUAAUGCCACGGAGGCAAGGGCCAGGACGGUAAGGGAUAUGGAGGAGGCUGUUCAAACUGCCCAGGACUCCUCGGGGGAGACUCGCAGCCCCCUGCCAGUGUCAAUCGAUUCGGAAACCACUGAUAGAGGCAUCUGCUUUUCGAACCCCGCCAAUACAAUCAACUAUCCGUCUUGUCCUGUUCAUUUGAAGGUAUGUCCUUUGAAAGAAUUCAGCCUCUACUGA